AUGCGUGAGAUCGUUCACCUCCAAACCGGCCAGUGUGGUAACCAAAUUGGUGCUGCUUUCUGGCAGACCAUCUCUGGCGAGCACGGCCUUGACGGCUCCGGUGUUUACAAUGGCACCUCCGACCUCCAGCUGGAGCGCAUGAACGUCUACUUCAACGAGGCUAGCGGUAACAAGUAUGUUCCUCGUGCCGUCCUCGUCGACCUCGAGCCCGGUACCAUGGACGCCGUCCGUGCCGGUCCUUUCGGCCAGCUCUUCCGCCCCGACAACUUCGUCUUCGGCCAGUCCGGUGCUGGUAACAACUGGGCCAAGGGUCACUACACUGAGGGUGCCGAGUUGGUCGACCAGGUUGUCGACGUUGUCCGCCGUGAGGCCGAGGCUUGCGACUGCCUCCAGGGUUUCCAGAUCACCCACUCCCUCGGUGGUGGUACCGGUGCCGGUAUGGGUACCCUCCUGAUCUCCAAGAUCCGUGAGGAGUUCCCCGACCGUAUGAUGGCCACCUUCUCCGUUGUUCCCUCCCCCAAGGUCUCCGACACCGUUGUUGAGCCUUACAACGCCACUCUCUCCGUCCACCAGCUCGUUGAGCACUCCGACGAGACCUUCUGUAUCGACAACGAGGCUCUGUACGACAUCUGCAUGCGCACCCUCAAGCUCUCCAACCCCUCUUACGGUGACCUGAACCACCUGGUCUCUGCCGUCAUGUCCGGUGUGACCACUUGCCUCCGUUUCCCUGGUCAGCUCAACUCCGACCUUCGCAAGCUGGCUGUCAACAUGGUUCCCUUCCCUCGUCUCCACUUCUUCAUGGUCGGCUUCGCUCCUCUGACCAGCCGCGGCGCCUACUCCUUCCGUGCCGUCUCCGUUCCCGAGUUGACCCAGCAGAUGUUCGAUCCCAAGAACAUGAUGGCUGCCUCUGACUUCCGCAACGGCCGCUACCUCACCUGCUCCGCCAUCUUCCGUGGACGUGUCUCCAUGAAGGAGGUUGAGGAUCAGAUGCGCAACAUCCAGAGCAAGAACCAGACCUACUUCGUCGAGUGGAUCCCCAACAACAUCCAGACCGCCCUGUGCUCCAUUCCUCCCCGUGGUCUCAAGAUGUCCUCCACCUUCAUCGGUAACUCCACCUCCAUCCAGGAGCUGUUCAAGCGUGUCGGUGAUCAGUUCACUGCUAUGUUCCGUCGCAAGGCUUUCUUGCACUGGUACACUGGUGAGGGUAUGGACGAGAUGGAGUUCACUGAGGCUGAGAGCAACAUGAACGACCUGGUCUCCGAGUACCAGCAGUACCAGGACGCCUCGAUCUCCGAGGGUGAGGAGGAAUACGUCGAGGAGGAGCCCCUUGAGGCUGAGGAGUAA